CUGGGCGCGGCGUCUGGCUAGCAGCUGCGAUCAAAGUGCGACCGGUGGCAGAGACUCACACAGAAGAGAGCUUGGCGCUGUCUCUGAGGGGCCUGGGCUGCCCUGACGAAGCGACCAUGCUUCGGUUUAUUUCCAGAGUUCUUGCCUUCUUCCGGAGGAGGGUGGACUCGUCGGAGGCCGAGAGGGAGCAGCAUAUGAGGCUCUUGGAAGGUGGCACCAGGUUGAAAACUGUGCAAGGAGUUGUGACGAAUAUCUAUAGUGAUUAUGGUUUGAUUGAUGACUUAAUCUACUUCAGUAGUGAUGUCGUGACUGGCGAUGUCCCUCUGAAGGUUGGACAAGAAGUCACUGCCAUUGUGGGAAAAGAUAAAACAUAUGGAUUGAAAGCAAUCAAAGUGGAUGCGCUCUGUGACAGUUGCCAUGGCAAUGGGCCCCCGGACUCCUAUGCUAGAGUUUCAUUUGGCUGUGUUUCCACUGUCGUGGAAGGCGCUAACUACAUUGAUCACACAACCUACUUCUCUCUAGAUGUCGUUUGUAAAGGUUUCGAGCCUUACCAGGGGGACCGAGUAGAAGUUGAGUUUUGCACCCCAUCGGACACACUGAGCAGAAGAGCCCUGUCGGUGAAGCCUCAGAGACAUAAGCAUGUGCAUGAGGUCUGCAUUACUAGCCUCCAUGGAAGAAAUGGGGUGAUAGAUGAUAGCAUCUUUUUCACCUUGGAAUCUCUGAAGCUUCCUGCUGGAUACACACCUCAAGUAUCCGAUGUUGUUAACGCUGUCGUGGUGGAGAGCAUUCAGUCCUGCUAUACUUGGAGGGCGAUUUCUAUGACUCCAGUGAAAAGGUUAAAGGUGGACGAGAUGGGACCUGCUGUGGGAUCUCACCACCUCCCAGGCCCGGAGAGCCCCUGCAUUCCGCGUUACCAGGCAUGGAAUCCCCAGCGUAACUAA